AGGGCGACUCUGCAGAGUCACCAGAUCUGCGACGAAAUCCCUCUCCGUCUGAAAAUCCCCAAAAAUAUGGACGGCGACGGGCGGGCUCCGGCGGCGGCCGCGGCCGCAUCGGCGGCGUCGGUCCUCGGCGACGACGACCUCCUCCGCGAGAUCCUCAUCCGCCUCGGCUUCCCCAACUUCCUCGUCCGCGCCGCCCUCGUCUCCAAGGGGUGGCUCCACCACGCCUCCGACCCGGCCUUCCUCCGCCGCUUCCGCGAGCGCAACCCGCCCCGCGUCCUCGGCGUCUGCGCCGGCUACUCGGUGAGACCGUUCAAGUUCGUGCCUCUCCCGCAGCCCCCGGAGCUCGCCGCCCUCUCGCGCCGCGCGGCCUCCUCCUGCGCCCACGCCUUCGCCCGCGGAGGCCAGCGCAUGGAGCACUGCCGGAACGGCCGUCUCAUCGUCGAGUCCCUCCGCAAGGGAACAUUCAAGCACUCCGUCCUCGCGCCGCUGCUCUCCGGGGAGCCCGAAGCGGCCCUCCCACCGAUCCCGCCGACCCGCCGUCACCCGCAGGAGCCCACCCAGGGGGCAUUCACUCAGAUUUUCCUGCCCGAGGAUGGGGGGCGCGACGGCAUCACCUUGGUGAAUCUGUGGAAGGUCCAGCGAGAAGUCCGUGCGGAGGUGUACGUGCUGGGAUCCGGCGGAUGGGGCGUCCCUACCACCGCCAUGACAGAGAUAGAGCUCCAGUAUGCUGCAACCUUCUUUGCAAAAAUGCUACCACCCGUCCAUGGCAAGGUCUUCGUGGUGACCGGCUUUGGGUACACCCUGGGUCUAGAUUUGGCCACGGCAACGUUCGUGAUACUACAGCUACCAGCUGGAGUGCGGUACAAUUACAUGCUCUCAUCCGUGGAGGGUUCCGGGAUCUAUCUUGUCACUGCGGACCGGUUUCAGCUCAGCGUGUGGCUUCAUCGGAUGACAGGUGACAACCAUGGUGCAGGCGGUUGGCUCUUGGUGGACACGUUUUCUGUUCUCGAAGCAUGUGCACGUCUUGCGGGUGACAGUUGGGUGCCUUGUGAAUAUCUUAAUGUUGCUGCCGUCGGAGACAAUGCUGAUUUUGUGUUCUUGGAUCAUCCAUCAAGCGGUGUUAUCUUUUAUGUUCAACCCAGUAGCAGGGUGGUUAAGAUGGUGUAUCAGAGGAUGGCAGAUGAACAUGAGUGUGCAAGUGUGGCUGUACGCAUCUCUCCUGUUAUGACGAUCUGGCCGCCUAUAUUCCCAGCACUGAACAUAGGACAUGAUCAAGAGGGGAUUGUUAGGGCUGUCAGAUCUCUCGACAGAAGAUGACCCGAGUGUUCGAAGGCAGCUGACCAGGGCCAUCGGGAGGCCCGAGGUGGUCCUGCAGCAGCUGAUCCUGGCCUCCAACUCUAUAAGGUGAGAUCGAGCUGGAAGCAAAACUCGAGGACGCGGUUAGUAAGAUCAAGAGGGAUGUGCAGUGCCCGCCAGCGCCAUGUAUGCUAUAUGCUGUGCUCUUGUUCUUGGCCUUUGACUGAUUUACCUUCACAUGGACGGAGCUUUUUAGCUUGUACAACAACUAAAAAUCUAGGUAAACUGAUUAGUGUUGGACUGUUGGUCCAAGGAUGAGACUUGUACUCUGUACUCAUUUUUUCCCUGUACACAGAAAUUUAUAGUUGUAUGUGAAAUUCAGAUUUGUGGAGUAUGAAUGGGUGUAAGAGGGCAUGUUGUUGCUCU